CCACCACAUCAAGGCGCUGCAAGCUCGGCACAAACGAGCGGAGAUGGGCGACGCGCCCUUUGUGCCGUCGUUUGGCUCGUUCCAGGCGCCGCCAUCGCUCGGCGAGCCGUCGCGCUCGCGGCACGAGACGGAAGAGGAGCGCCGCGAGCGAAAGCGCGCGAAGCACGAGCGCGAGCGGGACAAGGAGCGCCGGCGGGAGCGCGAGAGGGAGAGGGAGAAGGAGCGCGAGCGGGAGAGGGAGAAGGAGCGCGAGCGGGAGAGAGGCCGCACGCAUGCGUCAGGCUCUCGCUCCGGCAGAGAUGCAGAGCGCAGAGGAGACGUCACCCACCGUCCUCAUAACGAGCGCGAGCACGAGCGGCCACGCUCGCGUGAGCGCAUUGAAGCACGCCGAGCGGAUCGGCACGAGCCGUCGAGCAACAAGUCGCACGGCCGCGACAGAGGGCACACCGAGCCUUCGCAGAAAUCAGUCGCUGGGCUGAGCAACAGUACACAGGCGAGUCAGCGCAAGAGGCCCGAUCGCGAGCCAUUGAAGGCACCCGCUGCGGUAGCGAGCAGCUCGCGUCGAGAAGCAAGACAGCCGCGGGCCAAGAACGCGCAGCCGAUCGUGACAGCCCCAGCUGCGCACGCGGCGCUCGAUGUUUGCUUCAUCGACACAUCAGGAGACCCCAUUGCUGCGCUCUACGGCGGCCCAGAGCCAAGCAAGGUGCCCAAGUAUCGGCGAUGUGGAGCUGGCUCUGUGCUUGGGCUCCCUCGCUCGCUGCGCAUCACGUUUGCCAGUGCUCGGCGCGAUGGCAAAGAGCUCGAGCUCGCGCCGAACGGCCAGAGGAGAGUCCGCUACACGGAUGAGUCACAAGCCUGGCAGGCACACGCACAAGCCAGACGUCGUCUGGUGCCGUCCUGCGAUGCGCCCGAAGUCCCCGGCGACUUUGUGCGCAUCCGCUCGGCCCCGCGCGACGACGCCGAGAGUUCCGACGAAGCCGGCCCUUCGUAUCGUGCGCUCGGCAAGGCGCCGCGCCUUUCGCGCUCCCGCUCACGCUCUCGGUCGCGCACACACGAGUCGAGCGACAGCGACGACAGUGAGGCCUCGCUCGGCGAGGAUCCGACUUCAUCGUUGCGCUCUCGCGUCGCGGCUCUCGACUUGCGCGUCCGCGCUGAUCCGGCGGACGGAGAGGCAUGGCUUCAGCUUGCAGAGGCGCAGGGCGACUUGGCCUGGUCCGUCGGCUCAGAAGCAGACGCAGAGGCAGUCAUGACGAGCAAGCAAGCCAGCAAGAGCGGGACAUCGGCACGACAAAGGCGACGCGCAGCUCGAGAUGCGCAGAUGAGCGUGCUUGCUCGUGCUCUUCGCGCUGUGCCACACGAUAUCGAGCUUGCAGUAGCGCACCUGCUUCUCGGCGCCACCGUGUGGCCGCGCGAGCAGUGCGAGAAAGAGUGGCGUGCUCUGCUGGCUCGGCGCACCAGUGCCGAGUGGGCUUCGCGCCUCUGGAAGGGAUACGUGGCGUGGCGAGGCACGCUCAGCGAGGCGCUUGCCGACAUGCUGCAGGUGCUCGCAGAGGGCCUGUAUGAACUGCGAGUGAUGUCAUUCGCCGCACAGAGCGCCAUCGAUCGUCAGACUCUCGAGCUUGGCCUCGUCCAUCUUUGGGCGCACGCUGCACACUUGCUCGCAGACGCUGGCUUCCAGGAGCGCGCCUUUGCACUGGUUCAAGCGCAACUCGAGCUCACCUUCUGCGCCCCGGAAGAGUUCGAAACGCACCGCCUCGAUGCGUCGAGCUACGCGAGUGCUCUAGAAAGCUUGGAAGCCUUUUGGGACGACGAGCUAUCGCGCAUUGGCGAAGAGGGUGCAGCAGGAUGGAGGAUGCAUGCUCAAGGAAAUGCUGCCGCCGACCCUCCGCCUUCAACCGCACCUCCUGUUGCCGUCGCUCAGCCAAGCGUCGAUGCAGGAGGAGCAGCAAGGUGGCUCGCCGCGGAUCGACAGCGAGCCUCGAUGCGCCGUCGACCUGCGCGCACGGCAGAUACGCCCAUUGCCGAGGCCGGCGAGGAAGAGGUCGAUCCGUUCGCGCUCAUCUUCUUCUCUGACCUGCGCGAUUUGCUCGCUGCGCCAAUCAGUAUGCCGACCGUCCAAGCCGCGCUCCUCGACGCGGCACUUGUCUUCCUCGGUCUGCCUGCCGGCAUGGCCGUCGCUGGAAUGGCGAGCGAACACGUCAGCACUCCUGCUCGCAGUCACCAUCGGCUCGUCGCGGACGCCAACUUCGCCGCUCGCUUCUGGCCGCCAAGCCUCAACGGCACAGCUGCGCCUCGUGCGCUGACGUAUGAAGUCGUGGGAGGCGAAGUCAUGCAACCGCAGAGGCAGAGCCGGCUCGGCGAUCCAUUCGCCGCUCCCGUCAAGCUCUGUCCGCCGCGCGUCGACGAGCUCUUUCCGUCGCUGCGGUCGGAGACGUGGGCGCGCUGGUUUGGGCUGGUGGAUGCCGGAGAUAUGCUCGCUGCUGAUGUCGAGGCCGCCAGCUUCAUCCUGGACGACUUGCCGCCCGGCGUCGGCGGUGUGCCGCGGACACUGGCUCGCUUUGCGCUGGAAGAGGCAGCACGCGGCCACAAAGCCGCAAAGGCCCUGGCUCGUGGCGAGCUUAGUGUGGACCGCGACAAUCUCCUGCUCUGGCGGGCCUUUGCACGUCUGGAGCAGAACUGCGGCAAGGUCGAUGCUGCACGGCUAGUCUACCGCAGCGCACUUGCACAAGCUGCAUCAAAAGCUGCUGCUCCGUCCGGCUGCGAAGCGCCAGCGCUGUGGGCCGCCUGGGCAGAGCUCGAGUGGGAAGCAGGACGUGCACGCGCCGCUGUCACUGUGCUGCUCGCGGGUGCAGACGCCGAGCUGCAAGGCGCACCAGACGACGCCAGCCUCGACGCUGUCCUCGACACCUCGACGGAACUGCAGGACGCCUCAGACUUCCGGAUCGCAUCAGCACGCCGGACGUUCGAGACGCUGCUGCGAGCCGGCAGCGAGACACAGUCGAUUCUGGCCAGCGUGGCGUCAUGCGCCGCACUCCUCGAGUACCUGGCUGGCGACGGCUUUGAAUCGGCGUGUGCACUCUUCGAGCUCGCGCUUGCGGUGCUGGGCGACACCGAUGAGCUCGACUCGACCGUGGAGCGCUCGCCUGCGCUCGAGGGCAUCUACCUGGCGCAGGCACGCUUCAUGUGGCGGCACGUCGCCUCGGGCUCCUCCUUCCGCCCUGCGCAGAUCCGCGCCGCGCUGACACGAGCAGUGCAUUGCUUUCCCGGCAACACCGUCUUCGUCGUGCUGCUCGCCGCACACGAGAUGCGCUCCAAGGCCGAGAACCACGUGCGACGCACGCUCGAGCGUGCCGUGCUGCUGCGCAAUACGGCACUGCGCGCCCACUCGCACGAGGCCGAGGCAGAGACGGCAUGGCUGCUGGCGAUCUACUGCGAGCUCAAUCUCAACACCUACACGUUCAACGAGCACGCCGUGCGAGCGCUCUUUGAGCGCGCUCUGGCGGACGAUGCGCCCAGCACGCGAGCCUCGCCGCUGCUCUGGCGGCUCUUUGUCGAGUUCGAGGUGCGCAUCGCUCGUUCACGCGUCCCGCUGGAUCAAGACGACCACAUGUCCGACUCGGACGAGGAAGCUUACCGUGAGGCGCGGCGAAGGCGACGUGAUGCUCAAGGCCGUCUGCGCAAGGCGCUCGAGCGCGCCAAGGGCGUUGCUUAUCGUGCUGUGCGAGCGAGUCCAUACCAGCGAGAGCUGUACCUCGUCUUCUUCGACGCGCCGCUGCGCGAGGCCAUGUCGUCCGCCGAGCUGCUGGACAUCGGCCGGCUGAUAGGGGAGCGCCAGCUGCGCUCGCAUGUCCCGCUCGAGGACUACCUUUCCGCCAGCGACGGAGCCGAGGCAGCCGAUGCUGCGCCCGCAGCGCUCGACGCAGACACAGCAGACAUGCUCGAGCGCCGACGUCUCAUGCCGUACUAGUUCACACGUGAGGCAGACGAGGUCCUGCAUUGGGGGCAGAGUGGAACAAAGAGUACAAGAGCAUGCAACAGCC